AUGAGCCGGCACGUGUGCCUGGCGGCUGUCGCCUUGAUGGCCGUACUCUGCGUGGCAGAUGCCCAGAGACGUCUUGCUCUACCAGACCCAAGAAGCUGUGCAAACAGAGUUCGUCACUCAACAUACCGCGACGCUCGUGGAGUCCUGCACUCUUACUUCUUCAGUUGGGAGCAUGCCCCAACCCGCAACCUGGAGGUAGACUGGCUCGACGCUAGGAACAUCUGCCGUCGCCACUGCAUGGACGCCGUCUCUCUAGAAACUCCCCAGGAAAAUGAAUUCGUGAAACAAAGGAUUGCUCGCGGAAACGUCCGAUACAUUUGGACUUCGGGACGCAAAUGUAACUUCGCCGGCUGUGACCGCGCUGACCUGCAACCCCCCAAUGUCAACGGCUGGUUCUGGUCUGGAUCCGGCGCCAAGAUUGGACCCACUACCCAGCGCAACACCGGUGACUGGUCUUACACUGGUGGAUACGGCCAACCUCAGCCUGACAACCGUGAAGCCGCUCAGGGUAACGACGAGUCCUGCCUGGCGAUCCUGAACAACUUCUACAACGACGGCAUCAAGUGGCACGACGUGGCCUGCCACCACGUGAAGCCGUUCGUGUGCGAGGACAGCGACGAGCUGCUCAACUUCGUGCGCUCGCGCAACCCCGGCCUCCGCCUAUGA